AUGUCCCGCCGUUACGAUUCCCGCACCACCAUCUUCUCCCCCGAGGGCCGGCUGUACCAGGUCGAGUAUGCACUGGAGGCCAUUUCCCACGCCGGCACCGCCAUCGGCAUCCUCGCCAAGGAUGGAAUUGUGCUGGCCGCCGAGCGAAAGGUGACGUCGAAGCUGCUGGAGCAGGACACCUCAGCAGAGAAGCUCUACGUGCUGAACGACAACAUGAUUUGCGCAGUAGCAGGCAUGACCGCCGACGCCAACAUCCUCAUCAACUACGCCCGCCAGGCCGCCCAGCGGUACCUCCUCACCUACAACGAAGACAUCCCCUGCGAGCAGCUGGUGCGCAAGCUGUGCGAUCUGAAGCAGGGCUACACACAGCACGGUGGUCUGCGGCCGUUUGGCGUCUCCUUCAUCUACGCCGGCUGGGAUCCCCGGAGACAGUUCCAGCUGUACCUGAGCAACCCCUCAGGAAACUACGGUGGGUGGAAGGCCACCAGCGCGGGCGCCAACAAUGCCAGUGCGCAGAGUCUUUUGAAGCAGGACUACAAGGAGGACUGCUCGCUUCAGGAGGCCUGCGGCGUGGCCGUCAAGGUUCUCAGCAAGACCAUGGACUCUACCAAGCUGAGCAGUGAAAAGAUCGAGUUUGCGACGGUGGGACAGACGGAGGAUGGCAGAAUCUACCACAGGCUGUGGAGCGCCGACGAGAUCACGGCGCUGCUAAAGGAGCAUGACUUGGCCAAGAGCGAGGACACGGAGGAGAAAUAA